UUGGUCCAAACAGGUAGUUCACGUGAACACAGGCUGAUCGUCUGCAAAAAUGUAAUUGUGGUACCGGUAAGCUAAGAAAGUCACUCAUGCCCCACGAGGCUUUUACUGAGCGUUGAAGCUGCGUUCACUUACAAGAGACACUGGGCUUGAUGAAGAAGUUUGACCUAAUUUAAAUGCCGUAACACAGAUUCGCCGAUUAAAACAGCUGGAGUUGACCGUAGACGAAGGAAGCAGCAUGAUAAAGCGUGAUGGUAUUUUGGACCCGGGAGAAAGUUGAAACUGCAAAUGAGCUCCAACAGUGCACGUAGCUGCCCUCCCAAAGAAUCUACCAUGCCUAUCGAACUGGCCAUGUCGCUUUAUCUGUCAAGCGAUGAGUUCCUGAACCCAAGGGCAUCUAAAUACAGCAGGCCCUUGCAGCCAUGUCUAAACCAGUGUAAAAGCUCCAAACUUAGUUUUAGCUCUCUUAAGGAGCAGUCCGAGUUCAAUGGGGUCAGCAGAGCCUUGAUGAUACCUGGCAGGGCCAAAAAACAUGUCUCUUUUGCUGAUCACAAGGGCCUCGCUCUGACCGUGGUGAAGAUAUUCUCUGAAUUCGAUGACCCCAUUGACAUCCCAGACAACAUCGAUAAUUUUUUCACCUCUUCGCUGACUGUAUCAGAAGGAAAGGACAAGUUAACCCUCGAUUUUGACCAGCCAUCUGCCGAUUACUUGAAAUUCCGUCAACGAAUAGAAAAUGAUCAUGUCUGUCUCGAACACUGCAUGCUUAAGGAGAAAUCUAUAAUGGGCACAGUCAAAGUUAAGAACAUUUCCUUUGAGAAGUCUGUUAAGCUUCGCAUUACAUUUAACACUUGGAAGAACCACACAGAUGUAGAAUGCCAGUACGUAAAGGACACUUACACCGGCUCAAACCGAGACACUUUUUCAUUUGAAGCUAGUUUGCCUGAACAGGUGCCCUCACAUGAACGCAUCGAGUUCGCUAUUUGCUAUGAGGUCAAUGGUGAUACACUCUGGGAUAACAACCAAGGAAAGAAUUACAGAAUCAUUCAGUCAGCACUGAGGAAGAGUUCAAAUGAAUCUAACGGUGGGCAUCAGCAAUAUUCCCAGAGCGACUGGGACAUUCAUUUUGACCGAUAUGGCAGCCCCAGAUGCUCCCGUGGAAUUUUUCCCCAUUGGCCAAGCUAUGUUGGAUAUGAAGAUAUCGGCCCGUAUUAUUAAGAAUCUACUUUUGGCGUGGUCUAUCAUGCUCGCUUAUCCAUAAGACAUUGUAAUGAAUGCCACUUCAAAAUGACACUUUAAAAAACACAGCAGGUUUGAUGUUCUAAUCCAAGAACUUGUCGGACUCUGAAGCCAUAUAGACUCUUGAGAUAUUUAUUGUUAAUAAUGGAUUACAUUGUGCAACAAAAUGAGUCCUGUUUUUAAAAAUACUGUUCCUGGUGCGAUACUAAUGUAAUUAUGCGGGUAAAUUUGUUUAUUUCUAGUGCCUGUCAAAUGCUAGUUUUUGCGCAGGGUUGUGUAAAUAUUUGGGUUUGCGUUGACCUGUAAAAAUAAUACAAUGUUAAAUAGUGUAAGUGUCAGUGAAUCUGCAGGCCAGUAUGUUUGCUGUAAAUCAUGAAGAAAAAUUUAUUGACAUGUUUGAUAUUUUUUUUUUUUUCGAGAGAAAGACAAAUUCCUGAAGGCAGCAUCACUUGACGAACAAAAAGAGAAGAAAUGUGUUAUUUCCCUAAAAAAUGUGAGAUUAGAGAUGAACUCAGUUUACAUACAUUGAUGCAAAUUCUUUCAUAUAUAUAUAUUUUUAAUGUACAACUCUAAAGGUAUUUACAUUUCUGUAUUUUAAUUGACUAUGGUUUAUUCUCACUGUAAUUGACUGCACAACAGGAUAUUGAUAUUAGUGAUUGUUAAUGUGUAUUAUAAUGACAUUUGUUCUUGGUAAUGUAUGCACUUUAAUUUCUUGCAGUGUUUAAUUUCUUUUCACCCAUUUUAAAUUGUGAAUGCAGGUUUGACAGAACCACUUGAAAAUGUUGUAAAAAAGUUCUCUCAGCGGUAUUCGGUAUGUUCAAAUGUUGUGCAUUUUAAUGCAAUGUUUUAAAUGUUCAUAGUCAUUGAAAAUUUCAAAUAAAGUAUUAGCAGAUGAAAGAAUUGAUUUGUCUGACUCCUUGUUGAAGGUCAACACAAAGUCAACACCGUUUGGUUUAAAGUUUGUAUAUAUUUGUCAUUUUUGGUUCACUAAAUAAAACAAAUGGGCAGUUGGACACUUCUUGACUGGCAUGUCCAGGCUCACGUAGGUGUGUUCAGGCAAGUUGGAACUAAACUUUGGAGGACAAUGGUACUUCACGACCUUGUUUUGAGACUCUUCUUUUAAAAAAAAAAAAAAAGGAGAUGUUUUUGAUAAAUAGACACAUUUCUUUGAUAACUGUGUUCCUGACACCACUCUCAGUAUUUUUUUUUUCAGUUUGUUUAUAAUCUAUGAACAAUUGUAUUGUUUUUUGUAUUGUCAGUUGUAUAGUGCCUGAGUUUUAAUGGACCUGUGUUGCCAAUACUAAUAAAAGAAGGAAGUUGACGC